UUUUUACGGCGUGUAAAUCAUAAAUAAUCUCCGCCUGAGUGGAGUUAUGAACUUUGUGGCAUCAGACCCAAAAAAAAAAAAAAAAACCUUGUUCUAUUGGCGCCGUUUAAGCGGCUACUCUAAAACCUAAUCCGGUUAUAUAAAACGUCCAUCCAAUCCGCACCACACGACGACAAAGAAGUCGUUGGAGGCAACACCAUGAUCGUCCUCGUGGACCUGCUGCUGAUGCUCAUCGACCUGACCUACGCCAUCCUAGCCGCCGUCGUGCAGACUUUCCUGCGGCCGAGGCUGAAGAGCAUCGACGGGGAGCUGUGUCUGAUCACCGGGGCCGGGGGCGCCCUGGGCCGCCUGUUCGCCCUGGAGUUCGCCAAGGAGGGCGCCCACCUGGUUCUGUGGGACUGCAACGCGGACGCCAACGAGCGCACCGCCCAGCUGGCACGGGAGCUCGGCGUCAAGGUGCACGCCUACACCGUGGACCUCUCCCGGCGCGAGAGCAUCUACGAGGCGGCGGGCCGCGUGAGGACGGAAGUCGGGGACGUGUCCAUGUUAGUCAACAACGCGGGCGUGGUGGCCGGCAGGAGGCUGCUGGAGUGCCCCGACGAGCUUUUGGAGCGCACCCUGCUCGUCAACUGCCACGCUUUGUUCUGGAUGACCAAGGCCUUCCUGCCUCAGAUGAAGGCAAAGAACCACGGUCACAUUGUAACUGUUGCCAGUGCCCUCGGGCUAUUCAGCACCGCAUGUGUGGAGGAUUACUGUGCCAGUAAAUUUGGAGCAGUCGGUUUCCACGAAUCACUGACCCAUGAGUUGCUAGCAGAGGAGCUUGAUGGAAUUAAAACAACUCUAGUUUGCCCUUACAUUGUGGAGACAGGGAUGUUCGCAGGAUGUGAGAUAAGGAAGGAGUUUCGCAGUUUAAUCCCACCAUUGGAGCCUCUGUACACCGUUCAGCAGUCCAUGACAGCUAUUUUAGCAGAACAGCAAAUGAUCUGCAUCCCUCGUCUUAUGUACAUCCCAUUUGUGACCCGAGCUUUACUACCAUGGGACGCAAAUGUUGCCACAUAUCGCUUCAUGGGUGGAGACAAAUGUAUGCUGCCCUUCAUCAAGAAUGUUGAACAGAGGACAUCUAACGGCCAUAUCAAAUCAUCCUGAGACUACCUUCGUCUUCUACAGUAUUUAAUAUCAAGUGUAUUUUUUGGCUGAAAUUGAAUGCCUGAUUACUUCCACAGUGAAAACUAUCUAUUUUUACAUGAAACCUCAGAACCCGAUAGCAAUAAAAAAAAAAAGGUGAUCAUCCGGUCUCCCUUAUUGGCCUGGUGAAAGUGAAAAGUCAGCAAAAUGCACUUCGGAUAUUCCUCCCCUUUGAGGACGCCAAAAUAAGGGGAUGUAAACCGCUAAUUUUAUUCACAUUGGAGAAUGUGAUGCACAUACCCAAGGUACAAACUGAAGUGAUGCGGAGGCCAUAAUGCUAUACAAGUGCCUCUUUUUAUUCACAUAAAAACUGCCAAAACAGCCUACACAUGAACAAAGCUACAGGAAACAUGCAACACAAUUCAAACAUACAAAAAAAGCCAAUAAAUUUUAAAUCAGAUGUUCAGUGUCUUUUGCUAGACCUGCUGUUGGAAAAAGUGAAUGAUGGAUUUUUGCUUGUUUCUUCUUCCAACUUUUGGCUCACAACAAAACGCAAGAGCGCAAAAACCAAAACUGUGUGUUAAGCUAGCGUUUGGUCAUGGUCUUUAAAACACUUAAAAACUAAUCAUCACCUUCAAGAGAAAACCCUAAGUGGUCAAUGAUUACCUCUGGGGGGGGAUUCCAUUGUUUGAUGGUAGUCGAGCGUGUAACAAUUACGGCAUCCUUUUGAACUGAACAGCAUUGUCUUUCAGACAAGUUGCACGUUGGCUCCCUGUAAAUAAGUCUGCAGAAA